AUGUCUGGCUCCGUUCUGCAGGGAAAGGUGAUCGCCGUUGUCGGCGGAGCCUCUGGAAUAGGCCAUGCUGUGUCGACGCUACUCGUCGACUUAAAAGCCAGAGUCGCCAUUGCCGAUAUCCAAGACGAGCUUCUCGCGUCAGUACAGCAGGAACUAAGCGCCGCUGGGGGUGAGGUUCUGACUCACAAGGUUGACAUCACCAAUCGAGAGCAGACCGAAGCCUGGCUAGCAGAUGUGGAGAAGCAAUUCGGAGGCCUGGACGGUGCUGUCAACCUCGCUGGGAUUAUUCCAAAGUCGCACAACAAAGGGACGAUCUUGGACCAGGCAGACGACGAUUGGGACAAUGUCUUUGCAGUCAAUGUGCGUGGGAUGAUGAACUGUGUGAGGGCAGAGAUCCCUCAUCUGCUCCGACGCGGUGGAGGAAGCAUCGUCAACUUUUCCAGCACUCUUGGCCUCGUGGGACGUGCAGAAGCGGCGUGUUACACGGCAAGUAAGCACGCUGUGAUUGGCUUGACGUCCAGCGUGGCCAAGGAGUUUGGUCGACAGAAUAUAAGGGUCACGGCAGUUGCACCUGGCCUCACUCUGACCCCGAUGAUGCAAAGAUCCAUCGACGCUGACCCCAAGGCGGCGAAGGAAAAGGAGAACCCCGAAAUUUGUGCCUUGGGCCGGUUUGCGCAGCCCAUUGAAAUUGCAAAGACGGUCGCCUUCCUGCUGAGCUCGGACGCCAGUUUUAUUACGGGUGUGACUGUCAGCGUUGAUGGGGGUUGGGUUUGUUAG